AUGAGUGCCCCUCAGCCCACCGUGCCAGAGCUGAGCCCAGCUGAGGAGGCUGGAGGCCUGGCAGGAAAGGCCAUGGUGGGUGCCAGGGAGAAGGGCCCUCGGAUGGGCCAGCGGCUGCCCUCAAUCGUGGUGGAGCCCAGCGAGGUGGGUGCCGUGGAGAGUGGGGAGCUGCGCUGGCCUCCGGAGGGCGCCCAGAGGGGGUCCGCCCAGAGCCAGGCUGCUGCUGCCUCCUCACCGCGUCUGCCGGGAGCACCAGGGAAAGUUCCAGAUGACACUGGCAGCAAGUGUGCCAGCUCUGAGGACCAGUCCCCCUGCACCCAGUGA